AUGUUUUUUAUCAAAAUUCUAUUUACUGUUCUAAAAAACAUAUUUAAUAUGGCAUGCCCAUUUCUCGCUAAACAAGGAAAAAGCACUGAAAACUGUCAAGACCCAGAUGAGUUCUUAUUUGAAGAUGGCUAUCCCAUUACCCAAACUUCUCCUUUUCAAAAUUUGAUUGACUACUGCAAGCCAGCAGAUUUAAUCGACAACAGAAAGCAAUUUAUUCAAUAUCCUCUUUACCUUAAAAACACUUUAUUCCAGCCUGACCAUUCUAAAAACCUCAGAAGAUGCGAAUUCAUGGAAAAGCUCAUCGCCCUUGACGACUUCAAAAAAGCUGGUAAUAAACUUUACCAUACAAAAGAAUAUGAAAAAGCAUUAGAAUGCUACGAAAAAGGGUAUGGCGCUUUUAAAUAUCUUGAAUUUAAAACCGAAGAAGGCUUGAAAUUCAAAACAAUAAUUGACAAUGCAAUUAAUUUGGUGGCUCCUCAGCCUAAAGAAAUAAACGAAGAUAAAAUCACUAAAGCUGCAAUGGUAACUAUUUUGCUUGACUUAAGCGCUGCUAUGAUUCCUCUACGGCAUUAUAAUGAGGCCGUUUAUGCAUUGUCUGAAGCUUUAGAAUACGACCCAGACAACGCUUCUUUAUAUGCGAAAAGAUCACAAGCAAGGUUUCACAAUUUAGCAUCAGAUGAUAAUGAAUUAAAUUUGGCUUUGGAAGACGCAAAAACAGCAGCACAUUUAUCAGAAAAAUUUUCUAAUUUGAUAGAAAAAGUAGAAGCCAAGAUAAGAGAACGCAAAUCAGAAGAGCUGAACCUGGUCAAAGAAAUAUUGACUUCUUUGAGUAGACAUGGAGUAGGAGAGACUGAAGAAGUUAGUGAUGAAAUGGAGUUUGAGCAAAAAGUUAUUAAUAGGAUGAUGCAAAAAUAUGAAGAAAUGCUGAAGUUCUAUCAAGAAGGAAAUAAAUAUCAUCAAAGAAUAAAUAUCAGAAAAGAACUGGCUGAAGUACAACCGAUUUAUUAUAAGAUGAACAAAAUUUCAAGGUUGACUGUGGAAAACCCAGUGCUGGGCAAUGCUUUGAAAGAGGCUGGAUUUGAUGUGAAUGAUAAAAAAGUAAUUGCAGCUGUGGAGUCUAUUAAGAGGUUCAAAAUUUCAAUGGCAUUUAGUGGCGGAAAAUUUAAUGAUCAAUUAUUGAAUUUUUGUAUAGAAAAAUGCAGUGAAGAAGAUAGAGCAAAACGAGCAGCUAAAUUAGAAGAGCAGCCAAAACAAGGAUGGAAUUGGCUAUAUACAAUUAUUGGCAUUAUUCUAAUAACAGCUUUAGCCUGGGUGUUAAAGAAAUACAUUAAGUUUAAUUAA